AUGUACAUUGACUCGGUUGAGCCUAAGACGGAUACACUCCAGAUCACAGCAAGCAAGCCAGAGGAUGUCCAAAAAGUGUUCACAGAUGUGGUUUACAAGAAGAUGAGGGCACUUGUGGUGCAGGAAAAACAACAGAGGAUGAUCGAAUCCUUUUAUCCGCUUUUAGAAGAAGAACGGCAAGAAGAACUAGAGAGGGUGGGGAUCGGGAAAACCAAAAGUCAGAAUGACGCCUUGGAUGAGUUAUGGAUCAACAGAAGAAAUUGGUUCCGGUUUUGGAAACAGAGGGCCAACAUUGAAGUGGUCGAGAAAGUCUCAGGAAUCCCGAACCAUUCCCAGCACUUGUUCACCCGCAACCUGACAUGGUUUUUGUUUUAUGUGGACAUGAUUGGGAGGAUCCUUUGUGGCUACCACACCGGCAAUCGUCCCACGGCCAGAGCCAGAGACAUCAACUCCACUCUGCUCAAUCAAGCAUUCCAAAUGGCCCUCCAAUAUUCUCCAGACCCUUCUUCGCUCAUCAACAAACGAAAACAUCCUCACGGUUAUAGGAGAAGACAUUCAAAGCUAGAGGUCGUCUGGCAAUGGCUCCACAGAUUCAUCACAUCUUUGGACAAUCACCCUGCCUUCCAACAGAUCUUUUUUCCUAGAGGUUGUGGAGGUCAAAUCCCCAAUCACACCCAAGGCUUUUUCAACUAUAUCUCUACUUACUCAAUCAAACAACUCAAUCAAAGACUGGUUGAGUAUUAUGAUCACAUUGAUCAUUGUCAAUCAAAUCCGAACGCUCCCCUUGAAUGUUUCCACCAAACUAUCCUUGUUUGCUCUUCAGCUUUGUCAUGA